AACCACCCCCAACACGGCAAUUACUUGUGCUAUAUAACACCCUUGCACUCUAUGCACAAACACACACUCAAUUAAACCCACAAACAUGAGAUCCUACAAAAUAUUUGUUCUUCUUUUGUGUUGUUUACUAGGAAUAACAUCAGCUGAGCUAUGUGGUAAUCAGGCUGGUGGUGCACUAUGCCCCAAUGGCCUUUGUUGUAGCCAGUAUGGAUGGUGUGGAAAUACCAACCCAUAUUGUGGAACUGGUUGUCAAAGCCAAUGUUCGCCUAGCAGGGGUGAUGUCGGGUCCAUCAUCACCCCUGCCUUGUAUGAGCAAAUGCUCAAACACCGCAACGAAAAUAGCUGCCCAGGUAAUGGGUUUUAUACAUAUAAUGCUUUCAUUGCUGCUGCACGUUCUUUUAGUGGAUUUGGCACUAGUGGAGAUGAUAGUACUCGUAAAAGAGAGCUUGCUGCUUUCUUUGCUCAAACCUCUCAUGAGACCACUGGAGGAUGGGCUACUGCGCCAGAUGGGCCAUAUUCAUGGGGUUAUUGUUUUCUUAGAGAGCAGAACGCUCAAGGAGCCUAUUGUGAUUCUCCCAGUUGGCCAUGCCCUGCUGGUAAAUUGUACUACGGUCGAGGCCCCAUCCAAUUGACCCACAACUACAACUAUGGGCUAGCAGGUCAAGCCAUCAACGUAGACCUUAUAAACAACCCAGAUUUAGUUGCCACUGACGCAACCAUAUCAUUCAAGACAGCCAUAUGGUUUUGGAUGACAGCACAAGGAAACAAGCCCUCGUGCCACAAUGUCAUCGUUGGAGGGUGGAACCCAUCAUCGGCGGACCAGGCGGCAGGCCGGGUCCCAGGCUACGGUGUGAUUACCAAUAUAAUCAAUGGUGGGCUCGAAUGUGGCAAAGGCCAAAACGCUAAGGUGGCUGAUCGUAUUGGGUUUUAUAAGAGAUAUUGUGAUAUUUUGGGAGUCAGCUAUGGGAACAAUUUAGAUUGUUAUUCCCAGCAACCGUUUGCACAAGCGCCUAGGCGGACUAGCGGAGCUGCGGAGGACAAACCAAUUAAACAAAGAUAUAUGUUCAUGUAGCACAAAGUAAUAAUAUAUCUUCCCCUCAAAAAAAUAAAAUGUAAUAAUAAUAUGUUCUGGCAAAAUAAAGGUAGCAAAGUAGUAGAUACAUAUAAUACAUAUGUAAACAUGAAGACCCAUGCAUGAGCUUUACACCAUACGCAUAUAAUGUACUUAUUGAGAACAUCAUUUUCGAUGAGAAUCCUAAGUGCACGAUAUAAAUACUGAAUAAAUUGUCUCAUACUUACUAGUA